AUGUGCUGUGCUCCCAAGAAAAGAAAACCCGCGAAUCUAAAAAAGGAACUUAGGCCUGCAAAGAUAGCAGAAGCUCCUCCGCGUGACAAAAUAACGCGUUCGUAUGUCACGCCGCCCAUCGUUAAGAACACAACGCCCAAAUGGCGAAAAGAGCACGAAACAAAACUCAAAGAAAAUGCCGAAGCUCAGGAAUUGGAAAAGCAGAAACUCAUUACACAGAAUUGGAUCCGGAAAAGGGAAGCCAUGGACAAGUUCCAGCGAUAUUUAGAGUUAAACAAAACGCAGACCGCUCAAACCGUUAAGGAAGACGAGCCUUCACGGCAUUUUGAAAACGUUCUAGUAUGGAGAGAAACCCAUCCUCCAGCACUUCGUCCCGUGCGUAAGCAAAAACCUGAGGCUAAUACGACUAGACAACCAAAAUUUCGAUCGAGUUCAUUUCUGGAUUACGAUCAGAUAUCGCUAAGGCCGAAUAAGUCAUCUGUGUCGAAGGCGCGCAGUUCAUCUUCUCGUGGCGAUAGGAUUAGUCUCAAGGAGUUCUACCAUUAUAUUAAGAAUUCAAUACCAGAUAAGAAAAUAUAUCGCCAGAUGUAUUCAACUGAUAAAACUGAUUUAAAUAGCAAGACAUCCAAUCAGUCUAUUUCAGAUAGGACAUCUCGUACUGCGGGAUCGAUCAUUAGUACUACCUCCAUUGCCCAGUCCAUGUUGGCGAAACCAAAGCAGGGGGAAAGUAAGGAUGAGAAGGUAAAGUCCUGUCAGAGCCAGUACCUAAUAGGUUUGAAUUUAAGAGAACAGUGGAGGCCGGAUUUAUACAUAGACGAACGGACUUCUGUCGAGAACCGCAUCAAGGAGCUUAUGAAGGAGGUGUCCAUACGUCAAGACUUUCAACCCUUAAGACCACCACGAGAUUUUAUUACAGAAAACAUUCUUAGGAUAGGGCUUUUGAAGCGGAAUAAAAAAUCCGACACGAAGGCGAAAGUAAAACAGCGAGAGAAGUACCCAACCUUGAAUGAGGUAUUGACAGUGCCCGGGGACCAUACGAUGAGAUUCUCCAAAAGGGAUCAACCGAAAACCAUAAGAAUACGUCGAUAUUCUAAAGGAUUAUCUAAAGGCCACUUGGAUCCUUAUCAAUCUAGGAAUCCAAAAUCGCCUCCAGAAGAAUCAGCGUGCAGUUUAACAGAGAGGAGAAAAUGUGACUGCUAUAUCUGUAGUUUGUUUUUAAAAGGCAAAGAACAAAAGGACUCGCCUUUGAUUCAGAAAGCAAAGGUCCAAAGGCGUCGAUAUGAACUUCGUUCGUAUUACCAAAAAAUGCGAAGAAGAGAACGAGAACUUGAACAGGAGCAAUGUUGCGAAAAGAUCUGUUAGAUACCUGUCAUCUAA